CCCCUCCUCUUAGACCGGUGCCAACUGCUAACAGGAAGUCAACAUUACAGGAAACCAGCGUAAGCUGUCUUUUGUUUUGUUUUGUGUUUCCUUUUCUGUACCAAUAGUAACCGUAUGUUUUUAUUGUUGUAGGUAUUCUUAUCGUGUGUUAAGUGUGUUUGUUUGUUUGUGUUAGGUUUAGUUUUCUCCUUAGAUUUUGUUAUAUUUGACGUUGACAAGGAGUUAGCGUAUCAGGCUAACAGAAGAGCUAACAGGCCUAGAGGCCAUCUGUUCAUUGUCUGAUCGGCCGCCAGCGUCUUGUUUUAUCUAGCGUCCCAAUUUUUGUCGGACAUAUUGUGUGUAACUCAUCGAAAGAAAGAGUCCAGAGCCGCUGUCAUCCCUUCGUGAUCCAAGUUUCCUCUCCUGAACCGGCUUACAGGCCUUACUCUGCCUACUCUCUUGGUUGCCUCAUCCCUUAGCUACGGAAGGAUUGCUAUAAAAAAGAAGUCACUAACGCUCCUCACACCAAUUAUUAAGGAGACGCAAUAACCAUGUAUGCGCCACCGGGUUCCACUCUCCCUGGAGGUCGGAGACGGAGAGCGGGCACAUCCCUGCCCAAGCAGCCGGAGCGGAGCUUGGUGUCGGCUCUGCCCGGAGCUCUGUCCAUCACAGCGCUGUGCACGGCUCUGGCUGAACCGGCCUGGCUCCGGGUUCACGGAGGGGCCUGCCCUAGACAAGAGCUGGGGGUGGCGGAUGUCUUGGGGUACAUCGAUCCCAAGCUUCUGGAUGAUUACUGUGUAAACCCACAAAUCAUCCUGUUGCUGAGAGUCAUCGCUGCCUUCUGUUUCCUCGGCAUAUUAUGCAGUCUGACUGCUUUUCUGUUGGAUGUGUUUGGACCCAAACACUCUGCCCUAAAGGUCACACGCAGAUAUGCUUUUGCACAUAUACUAACAGUGCUGCAGUGUGCCACAGUAAUUGGGUUUUGCUACUGGACCUCAGAACUGAUCUUGGCGCUUCAGCAGCAGCACAAAAAGUACCACGGCUCUCUCAUAUACGUCACCUUCGCCAUCAGCUUCUACCUGGUGGCGGGCGCUGGCGGCGCAUCGAUCCUCGCCACCGCCGCAAACCUCCUACGCCACUACCCCACGGAGGAGGAGGAGCAGGCCCUGGAGUUGCUCUCGGAGAUGGAGGACAGCAGCGAGACUUUUCCUGCCGACUACGACGUCGCCAAUCAGUUUCAGCCGCCACCUGCCUACACGCCCUAAUCCAACCAGACUGGCCUUGCGAAAAAAUUGUUUUAUCCCCGAGCACAGCUACUUUGCUUGACGUGCACACCACGCUCAAUUUAUCAAAUGGAAACCUUUGCAAAAACUCUCGGCAGCGAACGUAACACGCGCACGGGUCGGUGCGUCGAUUCCUUGAAAGACAGUGGCUUUGGGUGCAUGGAAGCUUUCUUUAGUGGUGGCGUCAAUUUAGGAGCUGCUUCAUACUUAAUUCUCACUGCUGAAGUGGUUAGUGAUUUGCAUGUAAAUGGCUUUUAGGAUCUGGUCCUUACAUGUAACUAUAAGUCAUCUGCAAAAAAAAAAAAAAAAAAAAUCACCUAACAGCGCUCAUCACAGGAAACAGAAGAAGCAGCUGCAACCUGAUCGGCGCUGUUGCCGAAUGUUAUCAUCAGCCGUAGUUAUAAUUGGAUUUGGGUGGAGCUUUGAUUAAACAGCUUUGUGAUUUUUCAUUUGACAUAUUUGCCACGUGUGUGAUUUCUUUCUUCUUCUUUUGUCCUGAUGUUGCUUAUUUGCAGGAAUCCAUCAACACUGAUGAGAUUGUUUUAAACAUGAAUUUUAUACAACAAAAAAAACCCGGACCUUAUUCAUUCUGUGUCCUGUCUUUUCUCUUGCUUUCUCACUCACUAUUUUCACCUCCUCUGUUCUAGACGUGACAGAAGCAUUUACAAACAUUGUGAGGGAGGGGAGUUUUUCGUGUUUCGAAAACACGGUGUGGAGAAAUGGAGGCUAGCUUGGCAGCAAACCUCACAGCGUAAACAUCGGUUACAUCAUCAUAAUUGUAUUUGAGUUUUAAAAAAGAGGAUUUUGUUUGUACUCUGUGAAUACCAUUCGUGACCACUUCAGUAUGUGUUUUCCAUGCGUGAGUUCUGCUGAUUUUUCAGAUUUUUAGGUCGUGGUUUGGAUCUUCCGUGUUCCACGUAAGGUUCCUGCUGCCGCUUGAGUUUGUGACUGAUGUGGUGAUUGUAGUUGGUUGCACAUUUGUUUCUGUUUCUGCAUUUUGUUUCUCACUGUAUUUUCUUCAUCUUUAUGUAAAUAGUAAUUGUUUAUACAUGCAGUAAAGUGGCCAUAAUAAAAAAACCAUCAUAUUUUGCCUUCUGUUGUUCAUCUGUACAUUGACAAAUGACUUUUUUUUUUUCUCUUGAACCUUCACUGUGAGUUGUCUCCCCUUCAGGUGCAUCUCAAUAAAUUAAAAUAUCAAAC